AUGGCAGGGUCACAGCUCAAUGGUGCCCCCACAGCACGCAGGCCCAAACACAUCAUCAUUGUAGGCGGCUCCCUCGGUGGCCUCUUCACCGGCGUAGCGCUCAAGCAGCAUGGCUAUGACACGACAAUUCUGGAACGCAACCCAACGAACCUGCUCGAGAACCAAGGUGCCGGUAUUGUCGCGGGAGGCGAUACCCUCUCCUUCUUCGAACGCUACGACCGUUGCAAGCGACCGGUCGCCGUCACGUCUCAGAAACGAAUGUAUCUCGAUCAGUCAGGCAAAGUUGUCCAUGAGGAAGUCAUGAAACAGACCAUGACAAGUUGGGACUUGUGCUAUUACAUGCUCCGCGCCAACUAUGACCACCAGCAGAGCGGAUACUGCAAAGUCCCCGGGCCCCAGCCUGGCGACGGCAGGAUCGAUUAUCGGUAUGGCUGUACGGUGACAAGUUUCCAAGAGGAAGGUGAUCAGAUAAGGGUACUCUAUGAUACGACUGAUGGCGAGAAGGUGUCAAUCGUCGGGGAUAUGCUUGUCGGCGCUGAUGGGCCGAGUUCGACCAUCCGGAAGAUACUGUGUCCUGAAGUCGAGCGAAAAUAUGCAGGCUAUUGCGUGAUAAGGGGCACGGUACCGGAGAACGAGGCUACUGAGGAAGCCAGGAAAGUAUUCGUGGAGAAGUUUACUUUCUUCCAUGCUCCAGGCAUUCAAAAUCUGACGUACACCAUCCCUGGGACCGAUGGGGCGAUGGAGCCAGGGAAACGACUGCUGAAUUUUGUCUGGUACACAAACUUUUCCGAAGGCGAGCAAGAACUUGAAAAGGUGAUGACUGACAAGGAUGGCAAGCGGAGGCGCCUGACCAUCCCACCUGGAAUGAUGCGGCCCGAGGCUUGGGAGAUGGUCAAACAGCGCGGCAGAGACCGUCUUCCACCACAGAUGUCCGAGAUGGUCGAGAAGACGAAGAAGCCAUUUGUGCAGUGUAUCACAGACGUGAUCACUCCGACCAAUGACUUCUAUGGUGGCAAGGUUGUGCUUAUCGGGGAUGCACUCGCUGGGUUCAGGCCACACACCGUCGCUAGUACAAGCCAAGCUGCGUUCGACGUCCUCAUGCUCGUCGAGUAUCUCAAGACCGGCGACCACGCGGAGUUCGUGCGAAGAACCAUGGAGUACGCACGCUUGAUCCAGAAAAGAGGCAUGAACAUCGGAAACCGGAGCCAAUUCGAGGACCUGCCACUGCGAGAAUACGUCGACGAUCGGAACAUGAUGUCGAUAAAGCGGGAGGAUCUUGAAUUUCCAGAAUGGACGCAAGUUCAGGUAUAG